GCAAGUCAGACAGUCCGGGGUUGGGUUUUUCUCUCCUCCAUAGAGCGAGAGGCGCCGAAAAAGUACGAGUUUUAAGCAUGACGAGACAAAGACAAUAAUUGAAUACUGACACAUAAUGAUAUAAGUCACUUUGGCGACCCACCAUGGCGAUAAGGGAGCUCAAAGUUUGUCUUUUAGGGGACACCGGCGUGGGUAAAUCAAGCAUCGUUUGUCGCUUCGUCCAAGAUCACUUCGACCAUAACAUCAGCCCCACGAUAGGCGCCUCAUUCCUGACCAAGACUGUGCCGUCCGGGAGUGAGCUUCACAAAUUCCUGAUCUGGGACACUGCAGGACAGGAGCGGUUCCACUCAUUAGCUCCGAUGUACUACAGAGGCUCGGCUGCUGCUGUCAUCGUCUAUGACAUCACUAAACUGGACUCUUUCCAGACACUGAAGAAGUGGGUGAAAGAACUGAAGGAACACGGGCCCGAGGACAUUGUUGUCGCUAUCGCAGGGAACAAGAACGACUUAGGAGACAUCAGGGAAGUCCCCAUGAAGGAGGCCAAGGAAUUUGCUGAAUCCAUCGCCGCCAUCUUCAUCGAGACUAGCGCCAGAAACGCAGUCAAUGUGGAAGAGCUCUUCCAGAAGAUCAGCAAACAGAUCCCGCCGCUGGAAAACCCUGAUGUGGAAAGCACGGAGUCCUUCAAACUUACCCGACAGCCUCUUCCAACCACCAGGAGGUGCUGCUAGUAUAUCACUUAAAUGUCAAGGUUACCGCUGCCGUUGCAGAACAUCUUUAUGCUUAGUAUCACACUUACUAAAAACUAUUAAGGCCACUUUGAAAAGGAAAAAAAAAACAACAUUGUCCAAUUGAAAAAAAUAAUAGUAAUACAGGUAAAAAAUAGUAAUUUGAGUUUUUAUUGUUAAGUGCAAAGUUAAUAUUUAAACAAUUAAAACAGGAAUGGAAUUUUAUAUUAAAGAAAAACAUGGUAAGUCAUGUUUUAAUACACUGUCAUCCUAAAUUUUGAGCAGGAAAAGUUAUAUAUUACAAGAAAAACAUGUAAGUUUUAAAAAUGUUUUGACCAGUUAAAGUCAGUUUUCCAGCAAAUUUAUCAGGAAAAGGGAAUACAUUUUAGAGAAAACAUAUUUAUUAGAAAAAAGUGGGAAUAUUUAUUUAAAAGGUACCAUUGAAAUAGAUCUUUUUAGAAAUUUUUCAAAAUCUUUUAUUCUAGUGUAAACUAGUAAAACAGUAUUACCAGAAAAAUUCAGUACUUUACAAGAAAAAGUCUUAUUUUGCGUGAAAAAAGCUUACAUUACUUAGAUUGUAAUAUUGCAUUAACAGUAGACAUAUUUACAAAAAGGAAAAUACAAUUUUAUGAGAAAAUAUCAUUUUACAAGAACUACAUUUUCACAUCAGAAGAAAAAAGUGCAAUUAAGCUACACUAAUUUGUUUUUAAUGGUAAAGUUGUAUAUUAAGAGAAUAAAGUUGUAUACUAAGAAAAUAAAAAGUAAUUGUAUUGACACUCAAAAAAAAUCUUAUUUUAGGAAAAUAAAACUGAAGAACUCUUGAGUGUCUUUCAUCCAUCCAUUUUAACAUCAGUCAAAAUGUUUUGGUAUUUGCCUUUUUUUCCUGGAAAUUGUAGAACGUUGUCGUUAUUACAAUAUUUUUUUACUAAUAGACUUCAUAAUAUUAUGAAGUCUACAAAGUGGCCUCAAUACUCCAACAUGUGACAUAACAUCAACUAUCUCAUGAAAGCAAAACUUCACUUCUUUUUUUAGUUAGGCAUAUGUCUCCCUUAUGGUGCUGCUUUGCAAAGCAUUUUCCUUCAAAACGUCCUCUUUCAAUGCACUGCGGCUCUACAAUGGCACAUUAACACACACUUUCAAAGCACAUGCACUUGUUUAGCAUUUGUGUAGCACACACACAUAUGCACUUGUGUUAAGCUGUAACGUCAAUGCUGCACAAUAACGGUUACAGUAUGGCGCCUCCUGCUGGAACACUGUGACCCGUUCCCAUAUUACUACAGUUGUUUACAUAUUAAAUGAACUACAGCGGAACCUCCAUAGUGGAACAGUAAGGUCAAAAGAGUGUCAUGUAGCAGGUACUGUUGAGCAGACCUAAAGUAUGUAGGAUACCACUUUCGAAAAUGCAUCAUUGACAGCAAAUGGAAAAGUUUUGUAAUUAACCAUGCAAUAUGUAGUUGCCGUUUGGUGUCUUCAUAGAUUCCAUUUCCUGUUCUAGGGUUAAGGUUAUUGGACGAAAGUGGUCAUUUCAUGAUUAGAAAAAGUUGUAACUUUAUGUGACAAGAACAUUGUAAUUUCAUUUUAAAGAAAAGGAAAAGUCUGAAUUCAUGAAUGCAGAAUCACUAUUUUAUGAAAAAAAUCAAUGGAAAGUGGAUUUUUUUUUUUCCACUUUGGAGGUUCCACCAUAGACGGUUCAGUGUUUUCACUACAGGGAAUACAACUUGUUUUCCAUGUAUUUGUAUUUCUGCCCAGAUGGGGUUACAUUUUACCAGUGUUUUUUUUUUUUUUUUUUUUUUAGCAUGUGGAACGUGUUAAUUCUAUGAACUAACGAACGCAAAAUGUUUUUUUUAAGUGUUUUCAACUUUUCCUACGCAGCAACACUUUCUUUUAAAUGCUGGACUCAGUUGUUAAUAUGCCAAGAAGCGAUCAUGUGACACAUAUUGGAUGUCAAGUAAAUUGGAGUUCCCAAAAGUGCCUUUGUGCAAGAAUCAGCUGAUUUUGCAAAGGAGGCACAGCUUCCUUGUAUCCUCUCUAACUUGUUUAUGUAUCUAAUCAAUGUACUGUAAUAAAAUUGUAAUUAUUCAA